CGAAGACGUCUUCUGCAGCUCGGCCACUCUUGCCCACCAGGAGGAAUUCAAUCAAAAAACCAUAAAAAUUCGUAAUUCUCACCUACGGUCCGCGUUAUCUUACCCCUCAACUUCCGGUUUUCCCCGUUUUCCCAAUUUCCCGAGGCCUCCGUCCGGUCCUAUCCAGAAAAGCCCCAUUGAGAAGCCUUCAGCGCCGGAAAAGGAAAAGAAUCCCAGCCAAUGAAAUCCCACAAGUGAAUCGCGUCAAAAUCCGAAAGUCGCGUGCGUGAUUCGUUCGAUUUCGUUCAAUAUCGGUCGUUAUAUAGCCGCCAUAUAAUCAGGGGACACGAUGAGCGGAAGGUACAAGGAGUACGCCAAGUUCAAGUACUAUAUGGAGAAGUGCUACGUGCUGCCGCUGGAGCUGAAAAAUGACAUUAUCUACUGCCAGCGUGCGAUGCGCGACUUCCUCAAGGUCCACGGGUUGGUCUCGGACGUCUUCAAGGAGCAGGCGGAUGCGGAUCCCGUGCAGAUGCGUCGCAUCUUGGACGAACUGGAGGAGGAGGUGUACGAGAUCAAUGCCGAACAGCAGUUCCUGCUGCUGCGCCUGAACGACGACCUGGAGGGAUUCUACAAGAAGCUGAAGGAGAACAACAUCGCCUGCCUGCCGGAAUUGGCCAACGAGUUCGUCUCCGGCCAGAUAGUGCCUUUGAUCUCGGACCCCAGCUAUAAGAUCAGUCCACAGUCGGUGAUGAACCGGGACAACGAGGAGAUGCUCAUCCGCAAGCACUUCCUGUUGAGCCAGGACGAUGAGGCGGGUGUGCCGCCGCUGAAGCUCAGCGACCUGGACGAGAACAUACCGCUGAUGCUGGCACCGCCAAUUCGCGGUCUGGGCCAGCAGAUCGCAGCCGUUCAUCCGCAUGUCAACUGGCCCAAAGCCGAGGCUCUGCCGGUGCAGGUGCAGCUGCAGGUGCCGUUGCCGGUGCCAAAGCCGGUAACAGCGCCGCCGCCCCGACUCAAAUCCCACACGGAGAUGAUGAGACGGUCGCUGAAUGUGAUGCCGCUCAAGCGAAAGACUAUCACCUGCACUUCACCGCCUCCUCUGGCGCCCAUUACCCAAACAGUGGUGGUUUCUGCGGCAUCGGCAGUACCCACACCAUCGCCAAAACCUGAAAAUCCCCCCCUGGACUUCGAGGUGGUGGCCCAGAGCAGGAAGAACCUGCACCAGGCCUUGAAGCGGGCCCGGAAAACGAAGCAGCAGCCCCGUUUGUGCGACGAGGAGGAGGUCUUGGAGCUCACCAGUCUGGAAACUAGUCGAAAGAACAAAACCAAGUCACCGCCACCGCUGGAGAUGUCAAAUACUGCCGCUAACCAGACAUCCAAUGGCACUGCCUUGGUUAAGAAGUCCAGCGCACCACAUAUUCCGCUGCAGGGGACGUCGAAGAACGCCAAUAAGACCAGGAACACUCGCAGAAAAUCGGCGCCAACACCAUCAUCGAAUUCACAGCAACAGGCACAGACACAGGCACAGCCGCAGCCAGCGGGCUCGCCAUCCGGCAGCUCAGAUGAUUCCAGUGCGGAACUGCAGCAGGAGCAGCAACGGCUCUUCGCGUCCGCAGCCCAGUGGCGCGAUGAGCCGCGCGAGAGCCGCAUCCUGCCGACGGAGUACGGCCAGGAGACGUUCCUCGGCCUGUUUGGCCUGUACACGCCCGAAGUGCUCAAGAAGCUCAAUCAGCGCCACUCGAAGCGCAAGCGGCGCACCGUUCAGAAUGCCAGCGGUGUGGACUUUCACUAUGGCCAGCAGUUGAACGCCAUGGACACGCUCGUCCUGGGCGUUCGCGGCCACAAGAAGGCCAAGGACAAGCUCGAAUUCCUGCUGUCGCCGAAGGAGAAGCGUCUGCAGGCCAACUCGAAGAGGGCGUACACACGCAAGAGCAAAUCGCCGGACAAGAUUUCGGACAAGAUCGCUGUAGGAGGAGGUCCGGUCGUAGAGUCACUCUGUCAGCAUGGCGAGGGCGGCGCCUCCAAGUGCCGAAAGUGCCGCGAGUGCAGGGAAUGCAAACGGAAAGUGGAGCGCGAAGCGAUUUACUGCCAUUUUUGCAGUGGCUUUUACCACAUGGACUGCCACGAGACCACCAAGAAUCGCCAGCAAAUGCAACUCCAGAAUUCCCGCUGUCCGCCGUGUUUGCGCGAGCAAAUGGACAAAAUGCGAGAUGCCAAGUGAAUGGUAGACCGCAUGUGUCAUAUUUUUUUUCUGGUUUCCAAAAGGAAGCCACAAGUUGUUGGAUAAUUUAGUUGGCUCCGCCGUCCAAUGGACAUGGGCAUUUAUUAAACGUCUCCUCUUCGUUCCCUCUGAAGCUCCACCGUUGUCGGUCGACCUUAAAACCCAAUUUUUGUAUUUUUUUUUUUUUGGAGCAAGGGCGAAGAAUAACAUUGAUUUGAAUUUUUUUCUUCCUAAAGUUUUACAUUAAAAAAAAAGUGUCUUAGUUAAGUUUUGUAUGUAAAUGUGCAUACGCAAGUGAUUAAAAUAUAUAUAUAUAUUAA